UAUACCAUAAUGAUCAAGACUCAGAUCUACUUUCACUGUUCGGAAACUAGUUGUUUUGUUAUUCAGUAAACUCAUUGUGUUACAUACUUCAAGAACAUUAGCUUGUUUAUCUCAAUAACGUUUACCGGUGGUGAAGAUCUACACUAUAGGCACCAUGUCAACAGCGGAUGUUAAGGUCGUUGUCUUGCGUUCACCAAAUAAGAAAAAAACAGGUUAUUUCACCUUAAGUAUCGAUAUCGUGCCAAAGAAAAAUGCAGAUUCCGUUAUAAAGAAAAGGCAAAAAGAGAAUUAUGAAGUCGAUGACUGUAUUGUUCCACCAACGUCUCCCGAUAUUGAACUGCCUUUGGAUAAGGACAAGAAAUGCAAGGUUAAAUUAAUCAUCGAGGGAGGUCUCAAGCCAGCUGCAGUUAUGCAUGACGGCGAAGAUAUUAUAGAGUAUUCGGAAAAAGGUGCCCGAAAAGUUCUGCUUUUAGUUCCAAACAAUGUAUCGGACAAUGCCAGCAUUGUUUUCAAAGUCGGAGGCAGGUUCAAAGAAAGGAUAACCAUUGUUGAUGUCCCGUGUCAAACGGAAACAGUUUCUCCAGGACUAGCUGCGUUGAACAUCUCUGGUGGCGCCACUUCAAGAGACCAGACCUCUGUGAUUAUGACGAAUGCAGAUACUAGUAGUACAGGAGAAUCGACAGAAUUAAAGACGUCAUACAGAGGUGGUGACACGAGCUAUGACGCGGGUAAUCUUGCAAAACCCGUCCUUCCGAAUAGUGGGGUGACAUCAGUUCCUGAUGUCUCAGAUGAUGUCGUUGAGGGCGCUAUGCCAGUUUCAUCCACAACUCCAACGUCAGGUGGACCAUUUCCUGAUGGCAGUCAACCGCUUAUGGCUAAGCCGGUAUCUCCAGCACUUGUUGUCCAAAACAGGUCACAGCCCCAGUUUACUGUUGGUCCUGGUCCUAGCGUCCAGGAAGGAUCUUCGUAUGAGGCAGACGAAUCGGCCUACAAAAAUCUGCUAAGCAACAAAUCACUGAAGGUUCUUGCAAAUGUUAUCGGGCCAAAUGACUUCAACGCGCUAAUCAUUCUUCUCGAAGUUCCCGCAACAACGGUUCAACAAGAAAGACGUAAUCACCCAGGCGAUAUUGGGUCAGCAAACUUUGUAUGUUUACACCACUGGCGCAGCAGUGCGGGAUUGAAGGGGGAGAACUCUCAGGAAGCCGACAAAGACCUGUUUAAUAAACUUAUCGAAGCACUGACUGAGCUCAGAAGAAUUGACAUUAAGAGAGUUUUGCUGAAGGUAUUAGAGGAAGGCCCAAGGCAUCUGAGUGAGAAAGAUUUCCCAUACAUGUAAUGCUAAACUCACUCGAUCACUUAGUGUCGAGUGAGCAGUAUUGAUCGUAUGAUGUCUGUUUUCCGUCCAUCGUCCACAAUUGCUUCAAACUCUUCUUUCUUAAUCACUUUGUCAUUUCAGUCAAAUCCUACACAUACUACCUGUAUGACCAUCUUCCAAUUUUAUCUAAAGAAAUGUUUUCCAAUAAGAAUAGUUCACAACCUAUCUAAAAACGUGCCACGACUUAUAUAAAUAAAAAAAUAAUAAUUCACGAAAACGUCCCUUGAGUGGCAUUAUACCAUAUUAUUAAAACCGUCGGAAUACGUAAUAUACUAGUAUACUAGUACAUGUCGUAAGGUGGGUUGUGAUGGUUUCCCCUAUUUAUUUGUAAUAAUGGAAAUACUUAUUUAGAUUUUAAAAUAGUUUUACUCUAGUAGUCAUUUUACCAAAAUUGAUUAAGCUAUCUCCAUUUGGUUCAAGGCCAUGGCUGCAGAAAUCGAAGAUGGUUUCACCUUAUCGUUUGCAUACCACGAUUUAAAUUUCGUUAACAUUACAUACAUGAUUAAUUAAAGAGCGAAAACAAGUUAAGGAGGUGCCCGAUGGAUUUGUGUAUGUGACUGUAAACCAAACCGUUAAACACCCAUGGCCCGAUCGGAAAAUUAUUCUUGAGAAAUGUUCCUAGGAUGCCUAUCUGCUAAACCUGCUAUUGUCAAAUACAUCCUAUGCCAAUUUUAGGUGACAAUUAAACUAGCUUACUUAUACUCUUCCAUCAAGUUUUUUUCUAAGGACCUGUCCUGUGUCAUGAUGAACAAGAACUUAGGUGAGCGAUCAAGGGGUCAGUAUGGUCGUGAUGCGAAACCGGUUAUUAUGCACACAUAUUAUCUAUGAUCAUAUUCACUAACACUUUGGUCUAAAAAUAUUUGUUUUAUGUUACAAAACAUCAUUUCUAUCAUCAGUGUCAACAAAAAAAAUGUUUAUGACAGUAAAAUGUAGUAUUUGUAAAAUGAACCAUUUGACCACUUAUUUAGGAUUCGCUCCUUUGAAUCCUGAGUCUCAAACUCAGACUCAUGACGACAGUGUAUACAGGCCCUGAACUGUCUGCCCAAACCAUCCUACAGUUGCAUGUAGAGAGAUUAUUUAUUUUCUGAUUCUUUCUGCAUCAUGCAAUUGAUUUAGAUUUUUUUAAACAAUAACGCCGACUCAAUAUAGAGGAGAGUGCUUUUGAAGUGAUGUACCAUAAUUGUGUUAUUUUAAUAGAACUGACACUGCUUUUUCCAUAUUGUGUAUUUGUUUCAAGUAAUCUUUCCAUUAGAGCGAAUACGCCAAUUGUCAUGUUUUUGUUGUUCUUCAAGUGUAGAUAUAUUUUAACCACAAUAAGCUACUAUUUGUACUUUUACUUACUAAUGCAUCUUAAUAAAAUGUAUAUAAACAAGGAAUGUUUUUUUGCAAAGUUUAAAGGUUUAUCUUUAAAGUACACACGUUGAAUUCAUCCGAUUAUCUGUUUAAACAUCUAAAUCACUUUUCGUAUUCCUUGCUCAAAAAGACGAAUAAAAGCCAACGAAAAGUGUGCAUCAUGUUAAACCUUGUUUUAUUACAGCACAUUUUGAGGUUGUUUUUUAUUACAUACGCAAAAUUCAUACCAUAUAUUUCUAAGUUGUUUAUAGAUACACAUUAUUUGCUAAUGGGGUAUAAACUCUUGAUAUAUCUGUGCUAUUUUUCGACGGAUGUUGUUUCAAACAGAGUGCUCUAUUUCUUAAAUAUAUGUUUGUAACUCUUAUAGCUCAUGUAUUUUGCAAUCAGUUGGUGCUGGUUCCGUCUCUUACAUUCAAUGGUUAUUGGCCAAGCUUGUCUCGUAUAGCCAAAAUUUCCUGACUGUAUUUAACAACAAAACGUUACUGACUCUUGUCUCUUCCAACCAAAGCAACCAAAGCUAACUGACGUUUGUCUACCACUGCCAAAGGUUACUGGCUCAUGUCGCUUGUAGUCAAUAGUUACUUGUUCAUGUCGCUUGCAAGUACGCUCAUGUAAUAUCAUAGCAUUCAUUUAUCACAGCAUGACCAGCUAUCCUAUCUUAAUAACCAUCAUUCUGUAUUUUUUUUAUUUUGUCAUUUACGUGCUUAAAACAGUGUUGAAACAAAACAAAUAAAAGAGCUGUGAAAGGAUCUGAAAAUCGAACUUCCAGCAGGUCAUGACAAUCCCUGCUACAAAGCACGCCAAUUGUGCUAUUUUAAUCUUUGAGUUCCCACGCAAGGCCUUAAACUCGGAGGUUAUAAUGUAUAAAUGCCAUACAUUAAACUGGGGCCAGUUCCGGGUGAUUUGUGGUGUGUGUUUUUAGCUUGACACUGCAGACAGGUA